CCUAUUAGGCGGUGGAGGGAAGCAAAAUUUGCAUAAUCUAAAAUUUUCAAUUGGAAAAGUAAAGAAAUUGCCCGUUCUUCUCUAGGAAGCCACUAAUAUUUGGCGCCUUCAUGCAUAAAAUUUUGUUCUGAUAAACAGGGUAACCCGAACUGCUCUCAAUUAUAUACCUUCUUUGAACAAUGGCAUUUCUUCCUUGGGUUUCUGGCCUUAGGUGUUUCUUGCAGACUUAUUUGGUAGAUUUAUAAUCUUCCUUCUUAAUACAACAAUGUCAUGCAUGACAAGCAAGGGGAAUUUUAUAUCCAGGGAAGAUGAUAUUAGUACUUUGCGGAUCCUUGUUGCUACAGAUUGCCACCUUGGUUAUAUGGAAAAGGAUGAAAUUCGACGCCAUGAUUCAUUUUAUGCAUUUGAGGAGAUCUGCUCAAUAGCUGAGCAAAAACAGGUAGAUUUUGUGCUUCUUGGUGGUGAUCUUUUCCAUGAAAACAAGCCAUCAAGGACAACUCUAAUAAAAACAAUAGAAAUUUUGCGGCGUUACUGCCUCAAUGAUCGGCCAGUACAGUUUCAAGUUGUCAGUGAUCAAACUAUAAAUUUUGCAAAUGUAUUUGGACAUGUUAAUUAUGAGGAUCCUAAUUUCAAUGUUGGAUUGCCAGUAUUCACUAUCCAUGGAAAUCAUGAUGAUCCAGCAGGAGUGGAUAAUCUUUCUGCAAUCGAUAUUCUUUCUGCAUGUAAUCUUGUGAAUUACUUUGGAAAAAUGGUUCUUGGAGGCUCUGGUGUUGGUCAGAUCACUCUUUAUCCGAUACUCAUAAGAAAGGAUGUUACAUCAGUGGCUCUUUAUGGCCUUGGAAAUAUACGUGACGAGCGGCUUAAUCGGAUGUUUCAGACACCUCAUGCUGUUCAAUGGAUGCGACCUGAACCUCAGGAGGGAUGCCCUAUGUCAGAUUGGUUCAACAUUUUGGUACUCCACCAAAACAGGAUCAAAACAAAUCCAAAGAAUGCAAUCAAUGAGCAGUUCCUUCCACGCUUUCUGGAUUUUGUUAUUUGGGGGCAUGAACAUGAAUGCCUGAUUGAUCCACAGGAAGUAUCUGGAAUGGGAUUUCAUUUAACACAGCCAGGAUCAUCUGUUGCUACAUCUCUCAUUGAUGGUGAAGCAAAGCCCAAACAUGUGCUUCUUUUGGAAAUAAAGGGGAGUCAAUAUCGACCAACUAAAAUUCCAUUGCAAUCUGUGAGGCCUUUUGAAUAUAAGGAGGUUGUUCUAAGGGAUGACCCUGACUUAGAUCCCAAUGACCAAACUGCAGUUCUUGAAUAUCUAGAUAAAUUGGUCAGAGAUAUGAUUGUACAUGCUGAAGGGAGGGUAGUUAGUCGCCCAGACCUGAAGAUACCUUUAGUUCGAAUUAAGGUUGAUUAUACAGGUUUCACAACAAUAAAUCCUCAGAGGUUUGGCCAAAAGUUUGUGGGAAAGGUUGCAAAUCCUCAUGAUGUACUUUUAUUUUCAAAGUCUACAAGACGACAACAAUCAGUGGAUGAAAAGAUUCAAGAUGCUGAACGUCUUCGACCUGAAGAACUGAACCAGCAAAAUAUUGAGGCGCUAGUUGCAGAAAGUAAUCUGAAAAUGGAGAUCCUUCCAGUUAAUGAUCUAGAUGUUGCAUUGCAUGAAUUUGUUAAUAAGGAUGAUAAACUGGCUUUCUCUACUUGUGUACAGCAAAAUCUUGAGGAGACACGGAAUAAGCUCGUCAAAGAAGCAGAAGUACUGCAAAUCAAAGAGGAGGAUGAUGUCGUCCUCAAAGUGGGUCAAUGUAUGCAGGAACGUGAAAGAGACCGAGCAUUACAUCCAAAAACAGGCUUUUCUGGUGGAUUAGGAUCUCAGACUUCACAGGUAACAAAAACUAAAAAAUCAUCACAAUUAGCCAGCCAAAAUGCAUUCAGUGAUGAAGAAGAUGAACACGUAAAGGUUACCAAGUCAAAAACUGUAGUUUGGGGACAGAAAACAAAAUCCUCACAGGUUUCUACAGUAGCAACUGAUGUAGCAGACAGUAGGGGAAGAGGAACACGUGGCAGAGGUAGAGGAAGAGGCUCACGUAGUCUUAAGCAAACUACCUUGGAUGUUACUUUGGGAAAACGUCACUCAGAGAGGAGUGCAUCUGCUGCGGCAUCAGCAGCUCUUCAUAGUGUUAUUGAUGAUGUAGAGGAUGUAGAUUCACCUUCGAGUGAUGAAAUCGGAAAAGAUGAAUUAGAUGAACCAGAGAAUGGCUCAGAACCUGAUGAAACCCCCAAAAGUGCAAGAGGACGGAAGAGACCUGCCCCACAGGGGAGGGGAAAGGGACGAGCUGCAAGCUCCACGGCCAAAAGGGGAAGGAAGUCAGGAAAUUCUGUAGUCAGACAGAUGUUCAUUGAUGAUGAUGAAGACGAGAAUGAUAACAAUGAACCAAUAACAAAAACUGCUACUCCCCAGGUUAGUCGAAAUUGGGGAUCUUUGAGGAGAUAGCAAUCUGUUUAAGUGUCUGGAUCCGCUAGCAGGAGUCUCUUGGUUUCCAAUUUUGCAGCCUACAAUAUGUUACAUGUCAUAGCAGAGCAAAGUCAAGCUUUUCAAGAUUGUGGUGACUCUUGUAUCUUGCUCGUUGUCGUUGCAACUGUAUUACUUUGUAUACCAAUCUGGAUCUUGAACACCACCUAAAUCUGAAGCCAAGGGAACUUCGUCGUGUCCAAUGGGAUUAUCUUACGUGCAAACAAUAUUGAGUACACCUGCAUGGAGUGGAAAUGAGGUGUGCUGUAUGUGGAUGACCAUCCUCCAUUUGUAAUUAUAUAUUCAGAAGGCAAUUAAAUUGGCAUCAGGUGUUUGCUUCAAUGAUCCUAUUCGAUAUGUAAUGUUCUUUUUCCACUUGAUUGCAAGUGCUUUCUUGUUCAUUAUCUGGAAGUCCAUAGCUGCAUGAAAAUGGAUAUGAUAUCAGAUAUUGAAAUGGCAGCAUUUCAAGACCCUCUAAUAUAAAUAUGGUUAGAUACGGAAAUUAGAGAAGUACAUUUUUCAAUUAUUUAUAAAUGUUAAGUGGGUAGCAUUAAAAAUGUGUAUUUACAUA